AUGCUCCUGCCAAGACAUAUCCAAGACGUAUCUCACCGCUUCAGUGACGCCGGCGCGCUUCUUCUCGCAUGCACUUCGCCUCACACUUCUCUUCUUGCCGUUCAAGUCAAUGUACCGUCCAGCUACUCCGCCCUCGCAGUCUCCGCUAUUCUAGGUCACUACGGUCACGGGGAAGUACCUAUCGGCCUUCGGCGCCCUAUCAACAACGAUCAUUUCUUUGACUCGCAGGGCUUCGCGCUCGGUGAAUAUGCGAGCAAAGUCGCCUACCAUUGGCAAGGGGGUUCUCUACGGUGGGAUGCGGUGGAGGAGGUAAGUGAACCAGUCGAGCUGUACCGGGAGCUGCUGGCGGCCGAGGAGGACGGAGCUGUCAAGAUAGCUUCGAUAGGCUUUCUCGAAAAUCUCUCUACUCUCCUCAAUUCAACUGCAGACAACAUCUCCCCGCUUCCGGGUCCUGAGCUCAUCAAGGCCAAAGUGGCGGAGCUCGUGAUCAUGGGCGGCGAGUAUCCUUCCGGAUACGAGUUCAACUUCUGGGGAGACAACCCAGUGCACACCGCACAUGUGGUCAAUAACUGGCCUGGCAAGGUCACAUUCUCCGGGCUCGAAAUGGGCAAAGGUGUAAUGUCUGGUGCGGAAUUGACUGUGAAGGGGCCUGCAAAUGACCCCGUGCGGAAGGCGUAUGAGUGGUAUGGUGGACAUAAUGCUUCCCGCAUGUCCUGGGAUCCGCUUACUAUGCUGUAUGCCAUACAAGGACUCGGCAAUUUGUUUCGGUACGCCAACUCCUACGGUUACAAUCACGCUUUUCCCAACGGAUCCAACACAUGGAUAUUUGACGAACGACACACAGACCAGCACUGGCUGGAGCUGAAGGUGGACGACAACACUGCGGGAAAGAUGCUGGACGAGCUGUACCUGAAGGGAGCGUGGUCGGCUGUAAGCGGUGGCAUGACUGGUGUGGAGAACCAAGAGUCAGGGGAACUACAGGUGGAAUUGGGGCGAUGA